UCCAUUCUCAUAACUAAAGCCCUGGGAUUUCUAUUAACACUCAGAUUCCCGCUAACCCACCAAACAAUUCCCGACUGCCAACAUGGCAAUCUCUGAAAAAUCAUUCGCCUACGGAGGCACCGUUCUGUUGGCGCUUUUCCUCCGAUCUGCCAUUUCCAUGCACGGGCAUUCCGGCGAGGGUGUCCCUCCCAUGUAUGGCGAUUAUGAAGCGCAACGUCACUGGCAAGAAGUGACCGUGAACCUCCCAAUCAGAGAAUGGUACCGGAACACAUCGGACAAUGACCUGAUGUACUGGGGCCUCGACUACCCACCCUUGACAGCGUACCAUAGUCUUGUGGUUGGACUUGCGGCUCGAAAAGUAAAUAGCUCCUACGUGGAACUGCAUGAAUCGCGUGGUAUAUCCACGCCGGAACACAAAUACUUCAUGCGAUGGAGCGUUCUGGUUGCAGAUCUGUUGAUCUACAUCCCAGCAGUGUUGUUUGUAAUGCGAGCAGUCUCGAGGCUUGUGUGGAAAAGGGCGAGUGCGUCCAGCGAGAACAUCGCGUUCAUUUCCACCCUUCUUGCCCUGAUUUACCCUGGGCAGAUUCUAAUCGACAACGGGCACUUCCAAUACAAUAAUAUCUCGCUAGGCUUCAUGCUUCUGGCAGUUGCGUUCAUCAUUACAGACCAGAACGUUAUCGCCGCAAUCAUGUUCUGUUUGGCGUUGAACUACAAGCAAAUGGAACUGUAUCACGCCCUGCCCUUUUUCGUGUAUUUACUGAGAGAGUGCUUCAGUGGGAAGCGUCAAAGUUUCACUGGGAAGAUUGCGAGCCUGAUACAAUUGGGUUUCGUAGUUAUCAUCACGUUUGCCAUAUUAUGGGCUCCUUGGAUCUGUUCCUUUGACUCCUUUCUCGCAGUCGUUCGUCGGAUCUUCCCUCUGGCUCGAGGCGUCUUUGAGGACAAAGUUGCUAAUUUCUGGUGCGUUUUCAAUGUGGUUGUAAAGCUCAAAGAAAAAUUCACCAAUGAAGUCAUGGCACUAAUCUGCCUGGGCACCACACUUUUGGCGGCCUUCCCUAGCUGCGUCCAUUUGUUUUUCAAGCCGAGCAAAGUGAAUUUCCUUUACUCCCUGAUCAACACAUCGCUGGCAUUCUUCCUGUUCUCAUUUCAAGUCCACGAGAAAUCGAUCCUGCUUGUUGCUCUCCCAGUUCUUCUCCUUACAACAGUCGAGACGUUGGCAUCGCAGUGGUUUGCUCUCAUAUCGGUUUUCAGUAUGUUCCCCUUACUUGAGAAGGAUAGGCUCGUGGUAGCGUUUGUGAGCACGAUGGUAGUUUACGGUAGCAUUUUGUACAUCAUUUCAAGCAUUUACGGAGAGUCCAAACCAAAGCCAAAUGCCGGCUUCAGCAAGCAUCUCCUUAAAUUCAGUUUUAUGCUUUCGAUUUUGAUUGCUACCGGCCUCGUGUUGUGUUAUUUGUACGUGAAACCGCCAGACAAUUUGCCUCAUUUGUUUUCAUUGGCAAUUUCCGCUUAUUGUUGUGUUCACUUCCUAGGGUUCUAUUGCUAUUUCAAUUGUAGACAAUUGUUUAGGAAUACAUUGUUUUGAUUCAAUUACAAA